GUCCAUUGUUCGCGACAUUCUUUACCACUACUUUUAGCAAAGAAGAUAUUCCAUAAUGGCAACACAAGUUGAGCCAGUUCCCCCUCAAAUUCAACCAAAAGAACUCUCAUUCUCUCUACCUAAAGCCCUCCACACAACAGCUCAUGUUCACCUUACAGCGCUAGAGACCUGCGCAAUGGUCUUCAUAACAACAUCAACACCCGGAGAUAACACGGGGUCAGCAAAACCAAUGGGCAGUUUCGUCUAUGCUAUGCCAGACCGCAUCAACUCGAAAUCCGUUCUAAGCACUACGCUCUACACCUCAUCCAGCAUCGAGUUUACUACUCGAAUCGCCAAGAUCCUGGCACGACGCAUGGAACGCCCGGUUUAUGUGGGAUGUAGCUUGGAUCCGGGGGCGUUGGGAUUGAUGGUAGAAGAGGAGAUGGAGGGAUUGGGGAGGAUUGUGGACGUGGUGAUGGAACAAUCGAAGUGAUGAAUUUGCAUAUUUCAAUGGAGUUAAGGUACCUUGCUUGGGAUUGAAUACAUCCAAAAUUUUCGUUAAGCCAUUUUAUGGAUCUGAAGACAACACUCGUAAUCAUCACAGUUGGUUUCAGUCGAUAUUGUGUUCCCCCGCUAGGGAAAAACAAAAAAAAAAAAAAAGAAAGAAAGAAAGAAAAGCUGGUCCAAACGAUAUUUAU